CGAGUACCGCCAAGCUCGAAAGAGAAAUUUCGCAUGUUUUACCAAUGGGUGAACUGAUGGGGAAAGUUUGUCGAACCGUACUGCUUAGAGCAGGCAUUCAUCUGUUCAUCUUGUGCGUGACAGUGUGCUCCGUGGGCUCUUUAAAACCAGUGGCAGGUGAAGAUCCCAUCGUUCGCACGGAUUCUGGGCUCGUCGCUGGUGUACGUAUCACAGUCGGCAACCGACUGGUGGACGCUUUCUUGGGAAUCCCGUACGCGGAACCACCCGUUGGAGAUCUUCGCUUCAGAAAGCCUCAUGCAGUCAAACCUUGGAUCGGAACGUACAAAGCUACAAGAAAGCCAACGCCGUGUUGGCAGCAGAACGUCCAAUUUAUGGGGGACGCAGAAUCGGACUACUCCGAUUCCUCAGAGGACUGCCUCUACCUCAACGUCUGGCGAAAGACUUCCAACUGUUCAAACUUUGAAUCGUGUGACAAGAAACGACCAGUCGUUGUUUUUAUUCAAGGAGGGGCCUUCCAGUGGGGCGACUCAGCUUUGUUUUUUUACGAUGCGGCAAACUUCGUGUCUCUGACAGAUGUUGUCUACGUAAGUUUCAACUAUCGCCUAGGAUUUUUCGGCUUUUUGUCCUUGGAGACUCCAGAACUGCCUGGUAACAUGGGACUUUGGGACCAGAAUUUGGUGCUUAAAUGGGUUCAAAGAGAUAUUGAAUACUUUGGGGGUGAUCGAGAUGACGUCACGAUUAAGGGUCACAGUGCGGGGGGAAUAUCUGCAGGAAUGCACGCUGUUUCGCCUCACAGUAAGGGCCUUUUCAAACGGAUCAUCAUGGAAAGUGGCACGCCACUCUCCAUAAUCUUCGGAAUAACUUACAAAGGUACUGGAAAAUUUUCUGCAGUGGCAAGCGCUCUUGGAUGUUACAACUUAAAAAAAUCCCUGGAAGACCAACGUAGAGAUGUGAUUGAGUGCUUAAGAAAACUGGACGCAGCGUUCAUCUACAAAACCUUGAAGUCACUGGACCUUGUUCAACAAAUCUUUGCUCCAGUACAUGGAGGUGACUUCCUACCUUACCAUCCACUUAUGGAAGAAACCUGGAAACACCUUGAUUUCAAAGAGCUUUUUAUUGGAACCACUCUAAACGAAGGGACAUUGUUUUUCGAUAACCUACAAUACACGUUCCCUGCACUUAAACCCCUGUUGGAAGGAGACUAUCGUCUUGCGGUCACAGUUGCCCUGGCACCUGCCUUUGACAUCCCGGUUUCUCGUGCACGAGAGAUUGUUCGUUCUUACUUCGGUGAUUACGAUGUCGAGCAUGACAGCCGAAGCGUCGGAGAUAUAAUUAGCAGAAUUUUCGGUGAUGUUGUUUUUAACUGUCCGACCAAGCUGUUCGCAGACGUCGCUUCGCAGCAAGGAAUAAGCACCUACAGAUAUAUGUUUGCGCAUCGGCCGAGUUUUACUGUGUGGCCAGAAUGGAUGGGCGUUGUGCACGGAGACGAUCUGCUGUUCACAUCUGGAUCCUUGCCGUUUUUGAAAGACAAAACUUAUCACACGAAAGAACUAGGAGAGUACUUAAGGAAAAAAUUCUCAAAUGCAACGUACACGGCAGAAGAAGAGACCUUCAUGACGCAGCUCGUCAGUGCCUGGAACUCUUUCAUUAGGAACGGAAAGCCAGUAAUCCCAGGUUCUGGCAUUGACUGGCCGUUGUACAAGGCGGAAAGUUCUGAGCUGACGUACCUCCGCCCCGGCAACUAUACAAUUGCACGGGACCCAUCGAGGAAUAUUUGCGAGCUGUGGAGGCCAUUCCUACUGAAGAAGGGAAAUUCCAUGACUCCGCCUCCGCAGACUUCUUCAUUCUCCAAGACGGGGCAAACAAAAACUUCACAAAAUCCUCAAAUAAGUAAUUCGCUGGAGUCCCAGGAAAAGGUUUUGAAUUCUUCAUCAUCGAGAAAGCUUCACAUCUUUCCACUUGUUUUUUCGGCAAUAUACUCUUUCGCAUCGAAUUUUAGAUGCUAAACUACAAACGUCUUAUUGACGACUUUUUUAAAAGAGAUCGACUCUCCUGUUAUAUCUUAAAAGUUCACUCAGAUGUUGACGGUUCGAAUACAAUAACUGAUGUCGAAGAAAAAUGCUUCGUAUUCUACAGUUAUUUGUGUUUUGCUUUAAUAUCAACAAAAAUAUUUAUUCAACACAAGCUAUACGGCCGAAGUUCAGGGCAUGAUGUCAAAACACUCUGUUAAAAUGUGUAACUCCUCCUUCAGCGACAAACUAAAAGUUUUGACAUCCCAUGUGGAUAAUACUGAAGAGAGGUCUCCUUUCUAACAGAGAAUUUAAGAAAUGUUGGUUCAAAAUUAGUUUUUAUACUCAUACCACGAGCUGACGUCAGCAACCAUCAAAUCCCAGCUAUUCGAUUACUAAUAUGAACGGGUUAUUUUUUUAGUAUUUUUGUUAUUUCAUUCGUACGGAUUAUCCGGUGGAUUUAAAAUUGAAUCCGUCAAACUUUUUUAUAUAUGUAUAUAAAGCACGUACACGCUGCCACAAAA